AUGGCCGAUGUCGAGAUCCCUAGACCAGAGGAGCAACAAAUAGCUCCUCGAACUCCUUACCAAGGUGUCCGAACCAAUGGUCGUUCAUUCAACUCUGCCAAUUGGCGUAUGAAGGGCGAAGAAAGUCCUCAGCCUGUGUCUCCCUCCCCACGAACCAAUACCUCUCGCUCCGCGUUUAGUCGUCCUGGAUCACAUGUGCCCCAAGCAAUCUCCGAGGGUCGUCGUCUGUAUGUAGGCAACAUGCCGUACACGGCCAAGUUGGAAGAUGUGCAGGCCAUCUUCACAGCCGCCCAAUUCCCUAUCGAGCGCAUUGAUAUUGCCAUUGACCCAUUUACCGGCCGGAAUCCCUCCUACUGCUUCGUCGACUUGAACACAAAAGAGGAUGCGGAGCGAGCCAUGAUCGAUUUGGAUGGGAAGGAUUUGCUGGGUCGUCCUGUUAAGAUUAAGCCCGGUGUGGCUAAGUCAUCAGCAGAGCGUGCUAGUGAGCAGCAGCAACAGCAGCAGCGAUCACCCUUUGGAUUGGAUCGUUGGCGUCGUCCCGAGGGUGAGAGCCCUAUCAAGUUCAACAUUAACCCCACCAACUCCAUCAACUCCGAUGCCAGUCAGCGAGUGUAUGUGGGUGGAUUACCUCGUGUGGCCGAGCCUGAAGUUGUGGAAGCCCAUAUCAAGGCUUUCUUCCAAGGAUACAAAGUUGAGAAAGUUAGCAAGCUGUUCACCCCGCACCCCGCUAAGCGAUUCGAUCCUGGAGAGCACUAUUAUCUGUUUGUGGAUUUGAGCAGCGUGGAAGAGGCUCAACGGGCCAUGGACACUCUCAAUGGAAAGCAAGGACCUUGGGGUGGGCCGAUCCGUGUGUCUCGGGCGCGGGGUACUACUACUAAGCCUGAAGAACGCCCUAGUUCCUCCGAGGCUGAAGUAUAG